UUUCAUUCCCUUCUUCCCCAAGACAUGAUGAAUAAGCCGGGCCCCGAAUCGAAAAUCAUUUAACUGUAGCAUCAAUACCCAUUGGUGGAGUCUAUUAGAUGCAGGUACUCCGUAGCUUCCAAGAUUCUAGCUUCAUUUAUCAAAGAUCUAUGGAAGAUCAGCGGCUGUUUCGUUUUAACCACCAACUACCUACCAAAGAUUAAGUCGACCGGGAUCGAGAGUUUUGACCAUAUCAAGGUUGUUUGCUAUUGAAGGAACAAAAGCUAUUCGGAGUACAUACAGUACGCGCCGCUUUUGCUUGUUCUUCGGAUAUUCCCGAACAUCGACCGGUGUAUUGAAACCUUAUCGCGUCUCCGCCUUACAUCAUCAAGAAAUGCACAACUCCCUUUCAUCACACCCUCCAACCUCCCAACCAACCUGCAACCUAACAUUUCCUAACCAAGCUCUCCACUCACAUAUUCCCCCAUACAUUAACCCGUCAAAAUCAUGUAUACCAUUGCGCCCUCCCCCACCCCCAUCAUCCUAUCAGACCCAGUGACCUCCACCCCGCCCGACACCUCAGCUCCUUCAAUCCUCCGCUAUAUUAUCGGUUUCCUCCUCAUCGGUAUUGCCUGGGGCUUCACAACCCCCUUCAUCCGAGCCGCUGCACGAACCCAUCAGCCACCCGCUCACCCCAUUCUCACAUCUCCUUCAGUCACAAACUCUUUUCUCAAAUCGAAGCUGUACGGCGCGUUUUUCGGAGUUGUGGAUCUUUUGCGAAAUCCUAGAUAUGCAAUUCCCUUGGUAGUGAAUUUGACGGGGAGUAUUUGGUUUUUUCUGUUGAUAGGUCAAGCUGGUAAGUGUUCUUUUUGGUUUUAUGGGUUGAAGAAAGAUGGAGUCGUGGCAUUGGUGACGUUGAUGCUAACUUUGUAUAUAGAACUCUCAUUGACAGUCCCCAUUACAAACUCCCUCGCUUUUCUCUUCACCGUACUAGGAGAAUGGUGGGUAGAAAGAAAAGUGAUCAGUCGAGGUAAGUUCUAUCAUCUCUUCCCCUCCUCUUUACCCGCACUCCACUUUACAUCAACACUAUUGAUCAGAACAAAUAUUCGAAAGUGCUUUGUUCCCGGUAGGAGAGCUGAUUUAGCCAUAGAUACCUGGAUUGGUAUGACAUUGUCAUUAUGUGGUAUCGCGCUCUGCGUCCAUAGUAAGACAGGAUGAGUCUUCCAUGAGUUAUUUUUGGAUCACGUUUCCGGGAGUGGGGGAUUCGAUGUUCUAUAGAAUGAUUGGUUGAAAGAAGAAUUGAUCAUGUGGGGUCCAGGCAAAUUGUACACAUAAGGUUUUUUGGUUAGCCGCCAUAGGAGGCUGUAGUAUAUAUUUUCUACUUACGAAUGAUGGAGAGAGCAUGACAGGAUUCACGAUGUUGGAUAUUGGAAGUUGGAAAGGUCAAUGCCAAUAAUAUCACAUAGAAGCUCGGUAACACGUUCCAAUAGUUUGAUUUAAAGAUUAACAUUAGACACGUUAGCGCAGCUCUAUGCUCUAACCGAACUA